CGCGGCGCGGUCCCGGAAGACGAGGUGCUGACACUCUUCCGGCCUUUGUGACUCAUUGUGUCUGUGUCGAGGCGUCGGGAGGGCCUAAGUCCGUGUGCGGUGCCCUUCGGCCGGCCUGAGCCCCAGAGUCAGCUCCCCUUUCUCGCCCAGCGCCCCCAGGCCGCUCCCGGGGCUCACGGAAUAGUACAGAAACACAUCAUAAAACCUCCCAGGACAUAAAGGUGAGCACACACCCUGUUUGGAUCAAGUCAGUUCCUGGAGCCUGAAUGAUGACUGCUGAAUCACGGGAAGCUACGGGUCUGUCCCCGCAGGCUGCACAGGAGAAGGAUGGUAUCGUAAUAGUGAAGGUGGAAGAGGAAGAUGAGGAAGACCAUAUGUGGGGGCAGGAUUCCAGCCUACAGGACACGCCUCCUCCAGACCCAGAGAUAUUCCGCCAACGCUUCAGGCGCUUCUGUUACCAGAACACUUUUGGGCCCCGAGAGGCUCUCAGUCGGCUGAAGGAACUUUGUCAUCAGUGGCUGCGGCCAGAAAUAAACACGAAGGAGCAGAUCCUGGAGCUGCUGGUGCUAGAGCAGUUUCUUUCCAUCCUGCCCAAGGAGCUCCAGGUCUGGCUGCAGGAAUACCGCCCCGAUAGUGGAGAGGAGGCCGUGACCCUUCUAGAAGACUUGGAGCUUGAUUUAUCAGGACAACAGGUCCCAGGUCAAGUUCAUGGACCUGAGAUGCUCGCAAGGGGGAUGGUGCCUCUGGAUCCAGUUCAGGAGUCCUCGAGCUUUGACCUUCAUCACGAGGCCACCCAGUCCCACUUCAAACAUUCAUCUCGGAAACCCCGCCUCUUACAGUCACGAGCUCUUCCUGCUGCCCACAUUCCUGCACCCCCUCAUGAGGGUAGUCCCAGAGACCAGGCGAUGGCAUCUGCACUAUUCACAGCGGAUUCCCAGGCAAUGGUGAAGAUCGAGGACAUGGCUGUGUCCCUCAUUCUGGAGGAAUGGGGAUGUCAGAAUCUGGCUCGGAGGAAUCUCAGUAGGGACAACAAGCAGGAGAAUUAUGGGAGCGCAUUUCCCCAGGGUGGUGAAAACAGGAAUGAGAACGAGGAGUCAACCUCAAAGGCUGAAACUGCGGAAGAUUCGGCAUCACACGAGGAGACAGCAGGAAGAUUCCAGAAAGAGUUCGGAGAGAAACGUGACCAGGAGGGCAAAACAGGAGAAAGACAGCAGAAAAACCCUGAGGAGAAAACCGGGAAAGAGAAGAGAGAUUCAGGGCCAGCUACAGGAAAGGACAAAAAAACCAUCACAGGAGAGAGAGGUCCAAGGGAGAAGGGGAAAGGAUUGGGAAGAAGCUUCAGUCUGAGCUCCAACUUCACCACCCCUGAAGAAGUGCCCACGGGAACAAAGUCUCACAGAUGUGAUGAAUGUGGUAAAUGCUUCACGAGAAGUUCAAGCCUUAUCCGCCAUAAAAUAAUCCACACUGGAGAAAAGCCCUAUGAAUGUAGUGAGUGUGGGAAAGCCUUCAGUCUUAACUCCAACCUUGUCCUGCAUCAGAGGAUCCACACAGGAGAGAAACCUCAUGAAUGUAACGAGUGUGGCAAGGCCUUCAGCCACAGUUCCAAUCUCAUCCUCCAUCAGCGCAUCCACUCUGGAGAGAAACCUUAUGAAUGUAAUGAGUGCGGGAAGGCCUUCAGCCAGAGUUCAGACCUCACCAAGCAUCAGAGAAUUCACACGGGGGAGAAACCCUAUGAAUGUAGUGAAUGUGGAAAAGCUUUCAACCGAAACUCAUACCUGAUUUUGCAUCGGAGAAUUCACACUCGAGAAAAGCCCUACAAGUGCACUAAGUGUGGCAAGGCCUUCACCCGCAGCUCCACCCUCACUCUGCAUCACAGAAUCCAUGCCAGAGAGAGAGCCUCUGAGUACAGCCCAGCCUCCCUUGAUGCAUUUGGCGCGUUCCUGAAAAGUUGUGUGUAAAGGAAGAAUUUGCCAUCAAGCCAUUUCCCCCUUUUGUUUCUAAAAUUAUUUCAGAGAUGUGUGCCCCUGGAGGGAAAAAGAAAUACAGCCUCAACGGAUUAAAAAACAAAAAUCACACUUAAGGAUCCUUCUAGUCACAUCAGCAGUGUUCUGCCUUUAUGUAGUAGUUGGGCAUAUAAUCCUUCCACAUAGCCCCUGCAGGGAAAAGCUUAUCUUAUGGAUAAUCCACGUGAGAUUUCCACACAAGAUAAAAGCACACGCAUACUGAAAUGUCAAGCUUUUCAGUAAUGAGGAUACCUUUAAGGCACUCUUGGACUCUCGGCAACCACAGCAUAAUAGUUGAAAGAUCAAGAUUGGCUCCACGAACGUGAUACGGAGGUUAGGAUGCUACUUGCUGCAAACAAGCCCUACUUUGGCCAACAUCCUGCUUAUUUCUCAAAAAGGGACAGUGAAAACAAAAACGACAUUGGGACAUGCUGCUCAAGGUAGUUAUAUAUACGAUAAGUUAUAUAUAUGAUCACUGGUAGCCUACCAAAGCUGUAGAAAUCUAGGACUGUGCUAAUCAGUAUCAAACCAAAGAUUUCUAUCUCUUCCCGAAAGAGAGGGUAUGUGCACCAGUCUACAGUUCCAAAGGACUGCAACAAAUGUAGAUGGUUCUAUCCUCAUCCCUGAGAUCAGUUCUACUGAAAUGGCAACAACAACUCCAAAUACAUCUCUCCCUUCUUGAAAUCCCUAAAGCACUAUCGCACUCCUAAAUGCAUUUCUCCACAAGUUAGCACUUGAUUGUAUACUGUCUUUUAAUCCUUCAUUGUUUCAUGUAUGAAGUUUUUAAUCACCCCCCCAACCCCCAAAAAAGAUUCGGUUGUCAAGGGAUAUAUUUCUAUCCCUGCCAGCACAGUGCUGGACAUAGUGAGUACUGAACACCUAAGAGGCACUCAUUCAGACUGACUUCUACGGGACUUCUACGUGUGUGAUAAAGGCCUGUGAAUCAUGAGUCCCUGAAAUAUGGUAGCCUGGCCCAGCUUCUAAAGAGGACCCUUCAUAGCCACAAGGCAUGCUAAACCUCUAGGGUCUGAUGCUAUUUUUGUUCCAAAUAUAAACAAAAGGCACUAGUCAGCCGCCUGCAUAGACUUUCUAAACAGUGAGUAAAUACCAUGGAAUGUCAGAAAUGACUUUUAUCAUCGUCAUCUUGAAGAAAUAUAUGAACACUGAUGAAGGUCAUUUUUUUUUUGACAUCUUUCUGUGGCAAAGCUCUUAGAAUUCUUUUCAGUUAGCUGCUGAACAGUAUGAUGAUUUGGGGAUUUUCUGAAUCAUUUGUAACUUAGAUACUGGAGUUCAGAAGAUGUGAUUUUUGUUGCUUUUCAGAAAAAGGAAUGUGGUAGGGAGUGUUUUUUCCCACGCUUUUCCAGUAACUGCAGAAGCAUUAGUUGUUCACUGGCAAUUACUAAAUGUAUUUUGUUGCUCUGAGAAACUCAGCAGUGUACUGAGAUGUGGCUGGCUGUGCCAUUGUCACAGUGCGCGGUGACUUUUCUGUUUCUUAUCACUAAAGACUGAGGUGAGGUUAUGAAACUUUCACUGGUCCCAUCGUCUGUGCGCGGGGUGCAACUGGCUACCUAGAAGCUGAUGGCAGGAGACUGUUUCACACACAGGAGAUUGUGAGCUGUGUAAGUAGUCAUCGCCACUCAAGUAGGACAAGGGUCCUACCCAAGGCUAGGACAGCCCUGCGGAAACAGAAACAUAGACUGAGAACAAACCUCAAGACUAUCAGUGUGACCUCCCCAUAACAAGAGAACCCCAUAUAUAGUUUGAGACUUUCCCUUGAGAAACUUACACUAAAACUAUUACUCAUCAAUCAUUCACUGAUCAGCAGCUAAAGUCCAUGAGACCAAAUGGUUUUAUGUGGAACCAACAAAGUGGGAGCUAAACCUCUGCACAGUGGUCAUUCUUUGGCCUCUCCUUGGCUUUACGACUUAAACCAACCGCAACUUCCCUAUAGCUUCUAAGCAGUUUCGUCAGCAUUACUUGGGAAAACGUGUUGCAAGUCAACCAGUCACUAGGAUGUUUCUACCCAUGCAACGGAAGAAGAACCCGUUACUCCAGAAGAGUAUAUAUAAGUAACUAAAGUGGAGGCAGAAAAUGUUUUAAGGAUUUUCUUCAAAGAAUAAGCCACAGCAGUGGUUUUGUAGAAAACUCCUGUGCUUUUGAGCAAGGACUUUUGCCCUCUAGAAAGCAACUGAGGCUAGGUGCGGUGGCUCACGCCUGUAAUCCCAGCACUUUGGGAGGCCGAGGUGAACGGAUCACCUGAGGUCAGGAGUUUUGAGACCAGCCUGGCCAAUGUGGUAAAAUCCCGUCUCUACUAAAAAUAUAAAAAUUAGCCGGGCAUGAUGGUGGGCACCUGUAAUCCCAGCUACUUGGGAGGCUGAGGCAGGAGAAUCACUUGAACCCAGGAGGCAGAGGUUGCAGUGAGCCAAGAUUGCGCCACUGCACUCCAGCCUGGGUGACUAGCAAAACUCCAUCUAAAAAAAAAAGAAAAAAAAUAAGAAACUGAAAAGUGAGGUGUGGAACUCCAGGCAAUGACCCAAGCACUUAUUUUUUAAGAAGGGAAGGACUUUGGUCAUGUUUACAUUGGCCUUUGUUUUUUUUUUUUCUUUCAGCCACAACUACAUGCUGAUAUAAUUCAGCCAUCACUUUUGAGUUUUGUUUUUAAAUGAAGGUUAAAUGUGACCUGUGCCCUCACAUUUAAUUCUGUUCCAUGGGGACAUCUUCCUGACUUGGUUGGAAAGCUGCCACUAGGGUUGCUUCGGAUCUUCAGCCACAUGCUCUCCUUGAAGCAGCUAUUUGAAGAUGUGUUUUCUGAGGAAAACAGGCUACAACUGUUUAUUAAAACCACUAGCAGUGCAUUCGUUUAUCAGAUGCUCAGUGCAAAGUGUAAUUGGGUCAUGGUCAAAAACGCUUGCAACAUCUAAUUGGCAUUCAAGAUAGUCAUUCAAAAGUUCUUGGCCCGCUGAAGUCUGUUAACAGUUGAAACAUUCUACAGUUAACCAUUAGCAUGCUAGUUGUCCUAAUGGAAAUUUUUGAAGAGUUUUUCAAUAUAUACCCUCCCCUUGCCAGGAAGAGAAGUAAAAUCCUCAGGUUGUGGGGUAUUUGUUUCUACUCCAGCCUGGCAGGCAAGGCUAAAACCUGAGAUUAUCAAUCUAUGAGACAUCUUGAUAUGUAAAGCACUUAAUAUUAAAGGCAUAAAAGUGAAACUGCUAAAUAUGUGUGGAGAGAUUGACGUGUGAUAUGUGGGACAGUUCACAUAGACAUCAGAGAAUUUAUUCCAGAAAGGAGCCUCCUGAAUGUGAUGAAUAUGGCAAAGCCUUUAAUCACAUCUCAGCCCUUAGCAUCAGAAAGCUUAUACUGUAAAUAAACUUGAUGAAUAUUAUAUGUGAGGAAAACUUUCAUGUAUAGCACUCAUUGCUUCAGACAGAAUGAAUUCCUUUGGUAUGUUCCAAUCGUGAUGAAUUUGAGAAACAUUGCAAGAGGGAGCUCAAUCUUGGCUGGGCGCGGUGGCUCACGCCUGUAAUCCCAGCACUUUGGGAGGCUGAGGCGGGUGGAUCACAAGGUCAGUAGUUUGAGACCAGCCUGGCCAACAUGGUGAAACCCUGUCUCUACUAAAAAUACAAAAAAAAAUUAGCUGGGCGCAGUGGCGCGUGCCUGUAGUCCCAGCUACUUGGGAGGCUGAGGCAGGAGAAUCGCUUGAACCCGGGAGGCAGAGGUUGCAGUGAGCCAAGAUCAUGCCACUGCGCUCCAGCCUGGGUGAUAGAGCGAGACUCCGUAUCAAAAAAAAAAAGGAGGGGGGAGCUCAAUCUUAACUGCAGAUGAUCUACAGAUGAAAAAAAAACUGGGGAAAUGCUUUAAAAAAUAGCAAAAUGUGCAACUUCUUACAAAAAUUGUUAAUGUUAGGUACUUCUAUAUAUUUUAUAUGACCAUAAUGUCCGUGUGUGUUUUGUACCUUCAGUCCCUUGUUAUUGUUCCGUGUGUUACCUGUAAGCAGAUUCUGUAUUUUAUUUUAGCCUAUUUGACAGAACACAUCACUCAAAGUGAAGUUUCGGAGCAAACUGAAGAAAAUCAGUGUGGUUGUAGACAAAAAGUCGGUUCACAGAACGGAGCAGCGGGGAGAAGAAGGGAAAAGCUUCAUAGUUUGGUGCUUAUCACAUCAAGAGAUUGGUAAAUUUCUGAGGAAAGACAGGCUAAUGGGGCACUGAAAUGGAACAACUUUAAACAUGUGCAGCCUUUUGAAUUUUUCCUCAAAACCAAGAAGUUGACCUCUGAGCUGUCAGGUGACCACUGUGUGCAAAGGGGAUGGAUUCUCUUGUCAGUAGAGGGUCUUCUCCACGAAGCGAGAGUAGGAAGUGUACUGGAAUGGCCAAGUGGGACUGCUUCAGCUGACCAGGUUCUCUUAAACUGUAGUCAUGCUUUCCCACUAACUCUUAAAUCCUUAUGCUUAGAAAAUUGGGGAUAAGGCCAGGCACGGUGGCUCAGGCCUGUAAUCCCAGCACUUUGGGAGACCGAGGCGGGUGGAUCACAAGGUCAGGAGAUCGAGACCAUCCUGGCUAACAUGGCGAAACCCCAUCUCUACUAAAAAUACAAAAAAAUUAGCUGGGCGUGGUAGCAGGCGCCUGUAGUCCCAGCUACUCAGGAGGCUGAGGCAGGAGAAUCACUUGAACAUGGGAGGCGGAGGUUGCAGUGAGCCAAGAUGGCGCCACUGCACUCCAGCCUGGGCGACAGAGCGAGACUCCAUGUCAAAAAAAAAAAAGUUGGGGAUAGGACUGGCCAGGCACGGUGGCUCACUCCUGUAAUCUCAGCACUUUGGGAGGCAGAGGCAGGCGGAUCACUUGAGGUCGGGGAGUUUGAGACCAGCCUGGCCAACGUGGUGAAAGCCUGUCUCUACUAAAAAUACAAAAAUUAGCCGAGCGUGGUGGUGGGUGCCUGUAGUCCCAGCUACUCGGGAGGCUGAGGCAGGAGAAUCACCUGAAUCUGGGAGGCAGAGGUUGCAGUGAGCCGAGAUUGCACCACUGCACUCCAGCCUGGGUGACAGAGUGAGACUCUGUCUCAAAAAAAAAAAAAAAGAAAGAAAGAAAAUUGGGGAUAGGAGAACAGCAAGGUGGGCAUUUCCCGGAAUUGUGUGCAGAUGCAUUCAGUCGUGGCAUUGCAGGAAGUCUGAUGAAGCUUGGGAAGCAUUUUGCAAUAUUCCCUUUGGCUAUGUUCCUGUGUUCCCUGCUUCCACUUUUCUUCCCCUGGUUUGUGAUUAUUAGGAGAGAGGUUUUGCGAAGACUCGUUGCUGUGAAAGAAUCUUUUUUUAAUUUUUAUCCUAGAGUCAGUCACUUUUAUUCCAGGUAGUCAUGCUGAUCUACUUAUCCAAAGCCAGCUAACCAGGUUCAUCCUACCAUCCUCAUAGAAGACUGUGUGUAUGAAUUGGAGUAACAGUACUGAAAUACACUCAAACAGUGACAGCAAUACUUCCCGGGGUGGGGGCCGUAUUUCUCUGUGUCCUACUCUGAGCAACUUCUCAGAGAUACGAGGGGGCUAGGGUUUUCCUAUCUGGGAAAUGGGGUGAAAGUCUGCAGAUUGUUAAAUGAAAUAUAGAAUCAGAGAAAAAGAAAAGUCAGUGAUAGAAAUAGAUUAUUUCUUAGAAAUUAGGGUAGAUUUUUAUUUCAACUACUACUGGAGAAUUUAAUAAAAGGCAUUAUUUGAAAAGUUUUUCUAACAGAUUUAGGUUGUUUUUUUUUUAGAAUGGACACUACUGUACAUUUAAAAGCAAUUAUUUUGCUAUUCAGAUUUUUUAUUAUCUGAAAAUGAAAUUAUCUGUUUUACUUUUCAAAGCUUUGUGAAACGAAGUUAUAGGGAGGUAAGCCAUCUCCAACUCUGCAGGUCAAACAAAAGUUUGGGAAAUACUUUUGACAUCCCACAAUACAGAAUGUCUUAACAUGAUAAUUGAAUUUCAUGAUGUGUGGUUCCAUUUAAUAAUGGACACCACCCCAAUCUCAUAUUUUCCUGUUACCCUAAAACAGUGGAAGGAAACUGGGUGUUUGGUAGACUUCUAAAUCAUGGUCUCCGACGAUUUGAAUCUGAGAUUCUCACCUCCAUUUACUAAAGAAUCAUGACUUAAUUCAAAUUGCACAGUAAUCAGUGAAGUGAAUACAUUUUUAAAAUGGAAUUUUCUCCCUUCAGCAAGCACUCAUUAAGGAGUGAGGCUGAGUAUUUUAAGAUAGAGUGAGAUCUGUGAGUGAUUGAAAGGUGAUAUUUAAAAACUUGGAUUUCAUUCCAGUGUCAGGUUUGGGUUUUAAGUUCCUUUGGUCUGGGGAAGGGUCCAAGCAGCCACAGUUGCCCUAAAUCUCCAUCAUUAAGUCUCCCAGCAAGGUUAAGUGCGGUAUGGAAGGAGAAGGGGGAAGAGGACGGUAACGGCCCCGCACUCCAGGCUGAGAAAGGAAUUAGGAGGCCUGAGGAGGGGCCGAGGAAAGGCUGUUGGGGUGUGCUGGGGUUGGUACCCGAGCGCCUUCCCCUCACCUCAACCAGAGAAGAGCAUCCAGUUGCUUUUUAAAGCUUUUAGCCUGCCCUAGCAAGGACAAAGCAUGGUAGAUUAAAGAUGCUUCUGCUGAUCACAGGGGUUCUUAUUUGAAAACAUCUAUGUUGGGGGUGGGGUGGGAGGAGACAGGUUGUGGUUAUGCAGGAAAAUCUUGUCCUAAAAAUAUAUGAGUUUGGGGGUAAGGGGUGGGAUAGCCAAGCAAAAUCAGUAAUUAUUUUAAAAUGAACAUACGUAUUUUUAUUAACUUUUAGUUAAAUACAGAUUUUACAACGAGGUCAGCAUAAGCCUAAAUCUAUAUAGAGAGCUAACUCAGGCAUUGUCUUGUUUAUUUGUAGACUGGAUUAAAAACAACCUGUCCUGUUUUGUCAGUUCCCAGCUUCUUCGUUUAGAAUAAAUUAGACCAAAAGAAGAAACGUGCUUGUCUCUGUGUACCCACAGAAUGAAGUUACUAUUGUUAAAACUGGAUUUUUUCAUUUUACUAGGUUCCGAAGAGUCCAGGUGCUUGGUAGAUGUUCAAUACGUGAUUUUUUUUUUAAUUGAAUGUGUUCAUUUAAAAUCCUCCUUAACAUUUCUAGAAAGACUUCUUUCAAUAAAUAAUGGAAUCUUAGAGGAAAAGUGGUUUUUUAAAAGCUGGGGAACUCCACUAAAAGUAACCAUUGGAAACCUCGAAUGAGGGCUAAAGUUCUAAUCAUAAGAGAAAAGGCAGCAUAAUGUGUACACAUACAUAGUCAGUGGUCCAUUUUAGGAAGCCAGUGGCGUCUGAUAAAUGUUAAGAGUAGUGAGGUUGGGGAAGGAAAUUGUGGGGAUUUGUAAUAUUCUCUUUAUGUUGUUUCUCUUCUGAGUCAUGGUAAAACAAUAAAUUAUCAUCUCUAGGUGGCA